UUUGGUAACUCAGUAUGUACAUUUUGACUGGCAUUACUUGGUUGCCUAUUAUAGAAAGCCUUUCUUCUUUUUUUUUUUCUUUAUGUACUAUUGGAGUCACUUUUAACUUAAGUUUUUGGACAGCUUCACAAAGGUUUAAGGUGGUCAAACUUUGGACGCAGGCAAAUCCUUAUGGAGCCGGAAGAAUAAUACAUUGAGAAGACACCUGGCUGGGCCAUACUUUGUUUUAAAGGGAUAAAAGUGAUGGAUGGGACACCGGUUCCUUUGGUUUUCAAUUAUCUGGAAGGAGCUGCUUCAGAAACACUCUUCUGUUUACAAGAAGACCUCUAGCACUAUCCAGCAGGAGGUGCUACAACAAGUUAAAGGGGAUCUCUUAAUUUUGAGGGUCUUAUUGAAGUUCUCUUAGCUCAGCUAAGCAACAGGAGUAACGUUCCAGGAAGAUUUUGAGGAACUAGAGAGCUGAAGGAGAGCCAGCUUCUCCAGAAUUGGACUUCUCAGAACCUUUAAUAUGCUAAUGUGCAUUGUGAAUCUCCAAGAUGGGGAUAUGAUAUGCAGCAUUCUUGAAUACUUCUAAUGACAGGGAGCCCACUACCUCAUAAGCUGCAGCAACAAGAGGAGCUUGUAAUUUUCAACGGAGGCUGAAGACACUGUAGAAUUAGCAGACAUAAGAGAGCGUGGAGAAGGCAGAGGAUGGAGUUGCAGACUCUACAGGAAGCUCUUAAAGUGGAAAUUCAGGUUCACCAGAAACUGGUUGCUCAAAUGAAGCAGGAUCCGCAGAAUGCUGACUUAAAGAAACAGCUUCAUGAACUCCAAGCCAAAAUCACAGCUUUGAGUGAGAAACAGAAAAGAGUAGUUGAACAGCUGCGGAAGAACCUGAUAGUCAAGCAAGAGCAGCCGGACAAGUUCCAGAUACAGCCAUUGUCACAGUCUGAAAACAAACUACAAACAGCACAGCAGCAGCCACUACAGCCACUGCAGCAGCAGCAACAGCAGCAGCAACAGCAGCAACAACAGCAGCAGCAGCAGCACGCCCAGCAGUCAGCAGCACCGCCUAGUCUGACUGCAUCACAGAAGACUGUAACUACAGCUUCUAUGAUUACCACAAAGACACUACCUCUCGUCUUGAAAGCAGCAACUGCGACCAUGCCUGCCUCUGUUGUGGGCCAGAGACCUACCAUUGCUAUGGUGACCGCCAUCAACAGCCAGAAGGCUGUGCUCAGCACUGAUGUGCAGAACACACCAGUCAACCUCCAGACGUCUAGUAAGGUCACUGGGCCUGGGGCAGAGGCUGUCCAAAUUGUGGCAAAAAACACAGUCACUCUGCAGGUUCAAGCAACACCUCCUCAGCCCAUCAAAGUACCACAGUUUAUCCCUCCUCCUAGACUCACUCCACGUCCAAACUUUCUUCCACAGGUUCGACCCAAGCCUGUGGCCCAGAAUAACAUUCCUAUCGCUCCAGCGCCUCCUCCCAUGCUUGCAGCUCCUCAGCUUAUCCAGAGGCCUGUCAUGUUGACCAAGUUUACACCCACAACCCUCCCCACAUCCCAGAAUUCCAUCCACCCUGUCCGUGUUGUCAAUGGACAAACCGCAACCAUAGCCAAAACGUUCCCCAUGGCCCAGCUCACCAGCAUUGUCAUAGCUACUCCAGGGACCAGACUCGCUGGACCUCAGACUGUACAGCUUAGCAAACCAAGCCUGGAAAAACAGACAGUUAAAUCCCACACAGAAACAGAGGAGAAACAAGCAGAGAGUCGUACCGUCACCCCGCCUGCUGCACCAAAACCAAAACGAGAAGAGAACCCUCAGAAACUCGCCUUCAUGGUGUCUCUAGGGUUGGUAACACAUGACCAUCUAGAAGAAAUCCAAAGCAAGAGGCAGGAGCGAAAGAGAAGAACAACAGCAAACCCAGUGUACAGUGGGGCCGUCUUUGAGCCAGAGCGUAAGAAGAGUGCGGUCACUUACCUUAACAGCACAAUGCAUCCUGGAACGCGGAAGAGAGGUCGUCCUCCAAAAUACAAUGCAGUGCUGGGGUUUGGAGCCCUUACCCCAACAUCCCCCCCAUCCAGUCAUCCCGACUCCCCUGAAAAUGAAAAGACAGAGACCACAUUCACUUUCCCUGCACCUGUUCAGCCUGUGUCUUUGCCCAGCCCCACCUCCACAGACGGUGAUAUCCAUGAGGAUUUUUGCAGUGUUUGCAGAAAGAGUGGCCAAUUGCUGAUGUGUGACACGUGUUCCCGUGUGUAUCAUCUGGACUGCUUAGAGCCGCCCCUGAAAACAAUUCCCAAGGGCAUGUGGAUCUGUCCCAGAUGUCAGGACCAGAUGCUGAAGAAGGAAGAAGCAAUUCCAUGGCCUGGAACCUUAGCCAUUGUUCAUUCCUACAUCGCCUACAAAGCAGCAAAAGAAGAGGAGAAACAGAAGCUACUUAAGUGGAGUUCAGAUUUAAAACAGGAGCGGGAACAACUGGAGCAGAAGGUGAAAGAGCUCAGCAGUUCUAUAAGUAAAUGUAUGGAGAUGAAGAACACCAUCCUGGCACGGCAGAAGGAGAUGCGCAGCUCCCUGGACAAGGUGAAACAGCUCAUCCGCCUCAUCCAUGGCAUUGACCUCUCCAAACCUGUAGACUCUGAGGCCACUGUGGGGGCCCUCUCCAAUGGCCCAGACUGCACCCCCCCUGCCAACGCCGCCUCCACACCCGCCCCUUCCCCCUCCUCGCAGAGCUGUACAGCGAACUGUAACCAGGGGGAAGAGACUAAAUAACAGAGCCCUCAAGGAGAUGCCACAGUCCUGGUGGCGAGGAGACUCUAGAAGAGCAAAGCCGGAUUGCUUCUGGAAAGUACAGAGUUCUUUUGGUUCUUUGGUUCCAGAGAGAGAGAAGAUGCUUGUGCCAGGUGGCACCCGAGUUUGCCAAUUGAUUCUUGUUAUUCUGUGUGUACAUGCAGAGACUGGACCACGUUACAUGAAGUAGUGCCAGCUGGAGGUUCUUAGCCAGCACCAUGCCAAGUGACAUAAUAUAUUACUCUCUCUAUUAUACACCAGUGUGUGCCUGCAGCAGCCUCCACAGCCACGGUGGGUUCGUUUUUGUUUUGUUGGGUGGGGAGCAGGGACGGGCAGAGGGAGGAGAGCAGGUUUCAGAUCCUUACUGGGAGCCGUUUGUUUAGGUAGAAAAGACAAGUCCAAAGAGUGUGUGGGCUUUCCUGUUCCUAAACGUUUCACUACCAUAAAACCAAAAAACAAAAAAAAAGUAAAGAAAAAAAGAAAAAAAAGGAAAUAGAGAUUUAACUAACCCAGUGCCCAGAAGAGGGACGGGAAGGGCUGGGAGGGGCAAGGGUGGGAAAGUAUAUGACAUAAGCAGUAUUUAACGUUCCUGGAGGGGCCUAGUGCAAGAGGAGAGCCCGGCCCCUCCCCAGCUCGCCCCGCCCACAGCCUCCUGCAGCCCCGCCCCCCUGCUUGGUGUAGUGCACAGCCCAGGUGGUUCCCGCCUUGCUAAGCAGGGAAGGGAGGGUGCGGUGAGAGUGGUAAGGAGGGAGGAAGGCGAAUCAGAGGUUUUACUUGAAAACAAGCUCCACCCCUUUUCUAUAUUUAUAAGAAGAGAAGGUUCUGAGCAGAAAGCACGACCCAGGUGUGUGUGAAUGGAGACGACCCUUUUCUCUUCUUCAAGUUUUUGUUUCUGUUCUUGUUUUGUUUAAACAAAGUUUUGUUGUUUAUUUUACCUUUUUUAUUUCUUUUAUUUUUUUUGAUAACAAGAACUAAAAUAAGGAAUAGAAAGGCUGUUUUCAGGCUGACGGUCCUGUUGAGGGUAGCGAGACCUUGCAUGAUAGAGUAGACGUCAUAGUGUCAAGUGAGGUCGGUGAGUCUGUGUGCGUUCCGUGUCAUCAGUCAGGCACUGUUCUGGUUUGUUUCUUUUUUUUAUUUUUUGGUUUUGUUUUCUGGUUCUGAUUUUUUUGUUUUUUCAUGCAAGGGCAAAAAAAAAAAAAAAAUCUUUGUACCUGGGGAAAACAACAACUUUUUUUUAAUUAAAAAGGAAAAUAAAAGAUAUUGAGGUCUUCCUAGUGUUACUUAAAUUAAGAUCAAGGUAAGAAACAUUGUAAAAAUUACAAAAGUGCUAUUUGUUUCCUAAAAACGGUGAUUUCUAUUAAAAAAGGUGUCAGAACUGGAGAAACUGCUGUGUAGUUACAGUUUUUUAGCACAGAGCCUGCUGAUCCUGAUGACGUUGUGCUGUGUUGUGUCUAUAGACUGGUGCACCAGUCUGCGGAAGGGCCAGGGCCUCCCACCUCCUCCCUCCUCAGACUUGCUGUCUCCUUGGUACAGGGAUCUCAUCUCCUGUGUUUGAAGCCAAAACGGAAUGAGCAUAGUGUCAGUGCGUCCCCACGGUCUCAGGCCUUGCUAGAAGGCAGGCUGGUGCCCACCCAGACCUUCCCUUGGUGCUGCUCUGUCUUACAGCCACCAGCAUUACUUACGCCUGGGGGGGGGGGGCCUCGGGGACUGACCAGUGAGGCUCCUCACUGCCUGUGUACCUGGCCUCCGGGAGGGUAUGAGGUGCAGGCUGGCUGCAUUAGGGGGUAGAUGCCUUGAGGGUCCAUAUGUCUCUGAGAGCCCAGGUAGCCUUCAAGUCCAUCUUUUGUUGAAGAGAGAGGGCUAAAGCUCUCGCAGACGUCUGCUAGCCCCGAGGUCAGAGUUCACUCCCAUUUCACUCCCAUGCUUCCUGGGUGUUCCUGAGCCAGAUUCACUAUGCUUGCCCUGUAUGGCCUAUGGUAGACUUUUCUUCUUAGAAAAAUGGGGUUCUGAAAGGCUCUCUACUCAUCUCUCCGACAAUACCACAGUGAAAGUAACUCUCUGAGAUGCAUGUUCCCACUGGAAACCUUUAUCUGUUACAUGUCCUUGAGUGAAGGGACAGAGGCCUAGGCUCUGCCCCAGGUCUGAGAACAGCAUCUCUCUGGGGCCCACUAGGCUCCCAAGUUUAGGAGUAGCAGGAAAGACCCCUUUGCUUCUUCCUUGCCCAGUUAGGUCCAGGGAAAAAGAGCUGGAUCCUGACAGAAACUAGAACAGACAAGAGGUACUUGUGAGAGAGAGAGUGAGGUCCAUCCACACUAGCCACCUAUUCAUCUUCCCAGCGUUUGAGAAGAGGGGUCUCAGCUUCAGGCCUCUGGCUUUGGGUUGACUGAGGGGAGCGGAGAAAAGCCCUGUUUUCUUAUUUAGGCUCUAAGGUGCUGUCUAGUUAGCGGGAGUCGGAGAUGCCCGGACUAGUUAGAGGGAUCUUUGGCAGAGGAUCAGAGACCAGCAGCAGGCUGAUCUCCUGUCUCGGCUCCUCCAUCCUGCCAAACCCCUGGGCCUGUAGGCUGGGGCUUGGCACACAAUGCCUACCUGUGAUAGGAAGAGGUUGACAAGCCAUCAACAAUCACCCCAGGCCUUUGCUCCAGAAGAGCUGCUGGUGACAGCGCAGGACCUGAGCAGCACAGACUCCCAGCCUCUGACGUUUAGAGAAGAGCUGCUUUGAGUCGGCUGGAGUGAAGUAAAGAAUGUAGCCCUGCUCCAGCCUCCACGGUGGGCUUUGCCCCUUCCUUCUCCCUGCCCUUAUCUCUGUCAGCACAGAGCUCCUUUCUGUCCCCUUAGACCUGUGAGUACCUGUGACCACCUGGACAUACACACAUGCUGCCCCCAAGCCUUCAUCUUCCCUAUCAUGUGUUGAUCUCACAGCCACCUGUGUAAGGCUCACUAGCAUGGCAGUCACUUUGGAGGGCCUUGGACUAGGAGUCCCUGUGUCCCCAGGAUCAGGCUGGCAGGUGCGGGCUGUAGAGGUCAGCACCAUCGCCUUUCUCUCCUGAAGGGUCCUCUUUCUUUCUGAGCCCCUGUCUUGUCUGCCUCCACUAAGCUCGACCAGUUCUCAUUUUUCCUUGCUUAUCUGGCUUUGAGAAUUAAGCCUGCCGAUGGUACCCUUCCGGAAAGACUCAGAAGCAGUCCCUGAAUGGCUUUACCUGGGUGGGGCCUGCCUCUACAGCCAGUGACAACCACCAGGCAGCCUCCAGCUGGCCUCCAUCUUAGUGAUUGACAUCUUCUUAGGGCCACCUCUCUUGCUGCUGCUUCCUGCCUCAUGCCCAUCGGUGUUAAGGGUACAUGUGUACCCAGCACUGCCCGAGUGACUCUAUUUCCAGCUGUCUGUCUGCACCUACAGCUGCCUCUCUGCCACCUCUCUGAUGCUUCUGAUGCUUCCUCUUAGGGCUAUUGGAGCCUUCUUGACUCUCACCACCAGCCCCCCUCCCUCCAGCUCACAACCUUUAAAAGGCCUCUUCCCUUCAGGCCCUUCUUUGGUAUGGACCUUACCUAACUAAAGGGCUGAACUCUUGAGGACACUCCUCCCAGGGGCAGGAGUAGGAUGGACCAGUGGCCCUUUUCUGGACUCCGGGGGUUCUACAGACCCCAUGGCUUCUGUUGAAUGCAGGCUACUUUGCUCUGUGUUAAUGACUGUGGCCCUUGUCCCACCCCUCAUCCCAGCACCCUUGGCAGAAAAUAGGAGUAUCGUUUCUCAUCCUGCCUUCCGCUGGUGCUCCUGGUCAGCUCCUCCCCAAGAAGGAAAUAGGUGACUCCCAGGGAAGGUUCCACUGGUCCUCUCCAGGGAAUGAAGAGUCCUACAUGGCAGCCUUGGCCCCUGCACCCCUCUCCAGUGUUCUUGCUCUUAGCCCAGGGUGAGUUGCAGUCAGGUGGGUGGGCUGAGCAGACCAGAAGUCAGCGAGCUCCGCACAGAGCCAGCCAGACCCAGUCUUGUCUGUGUCCAUGCCCUUUGUGACUUCAGUCUUGGUAGAAUUUGUAUUUGGAGUUUUGUGCUUCAGAGUUUCUGUUUUGUUCGUUUGGUUUUUGUUUUGAGGGGGUGGGGGGUACAGAGCAGCCGAUCAAUUUGUAUUUAUUUAUUUUAACAUUUUACUAAAUAAAGCCAAAUAAAGCCUC